GCGUUAGGGAAAGGUAGGGAUUUCCGGCUCCGGUGUCAUGGACGCUUCCUACACUGAAGGUGAACACACCGCGGUCUGCGGGAAGAGGCAGCAGUUUGGGAGCCGGUUUCUGAGCGACCCGGCGCGCGUCUUCCACCACAAUGCCUGGGACAGUGUGGAGUGGUCAGAAGAGCAGGCCGCGGCGGCGGAGAGGAAAGUCCAGGAGAACAGUACCCAGCGAGUGUGCGAGGAGAAACAAGUUGAUUAUGAGAUCAAUGCCAACAAAUACUGGAAUGACUUCUACAAAAUCCACGAAAAUGGGUUUUUCAAGGAUAGACAUUGGCUUUUUACUGAAUUCCCAGAGCUGGCACCUAGCCAAAACCAAAAUCACUUGAAGGCUUUGCUCUCAGAGAACAAGGGGAGUGAAGUACCUGCGUGUAGAAGCAGUGAGGAUGGAUCUGGUUUAAUAAUAGAAGCACAGCACAGUUGUUCUUCAGUCAGCCUUGGACGUAAAACACAGCCACCUCCUGUGGAAGAGAAUGUAACUCAGAAACUCCGUCACCUGGAAAUCUGUGCUGAUGAGUUUCCUGGAUCCUCAGCCACCUACCGAAUACUGGAGGUUGGUUGUGGUGUGGGAAACACAGUCUUUCCAAUUUUACAAACUAACAAUGACCCAAGACUCUUUGUUUACUGUUGUGAUUUUUCUUCCACAGCUGUAGAACUGGUCCAGACAAAUUCAGCAUAUGAUCCUUCUCGGUGUUUUGCCUUUGUUCACGACCUGUGUGAUGAAGAUAAGAGUUACCCAGUGCCCGGGGAUAGUCUUGAUGUCAUCAUCCUCAUAUUUGUUCUCUCAGCAAUCAUUCCAGACAAGAUGCAGAACGCUAUCAACAGGCUAAGCAGGCUUCUGAAGCCUGGAGGGAUGAUGCUUCUGCGAGAUUAUGGCCGCUAUGACAUGGCUCAGCUUCGGUUUAAAAAAGGUCAGUGUCUGUCUGAAAAUUUCUAUGUGAGAGGCGAUGGCACCAGAGUGUACUUCUUCACACAAGAUGAACUGGACGCACUUUUCACUACUGCUGGACUGGAAAAGGUUCAGAACCUGGUGGAUCGCCGGUUGCAAGUGAAUCGAGGGAAACAACUGACAAUGUACCGAGUUUGGAUUCAGUGCAAAUAUCGUAAGCCUCUUCUGUCCAGCACCAGCUGAGAGGCACCUGCUCCUGACAGGCGAGGUCAUUGGGGCUUUUUAAAAAGAACGCCCACAAAUGGUGUCUUGUAGAUAUUAAACCAUUCAAGGAUUCCAACAGAUUUGAACCUAGGAAGAAUUAUUUUAUAUCAAGAUUCUAACCAUUUUUUAUAAAGCAGAAACACACCAUUGUAAAGCAAUUAUACUCCAAUAAAGAUGUUUUUAAAAAAACACAACAACAACAACAAAAGAUUCUAACCAUUUUUGCUUCAUAUUUGUGAAGCCUUGUGGUAUAUACUUUUCUCAUUUUUUUUUCUUACUUGGAGAUCUCAAAGAAUCUUUCUUGACAUUUUGUAACUUAAUAGUUGAAAUGUUAUUCAUGGGAAUCAAAGAAUUUAUUUCCAUGUGUAAGUAUUAUAUAUGAUGAAGUGAAUAACUAAGUUGCAUUAAAUUAGUUGGGGAUUCAAAUGCCUAGACUAAGAAAUUGAUACAAAGAUGACUAAAGGCCUCAUUCAUUGGUCAUCAGAGAUACAAAUUAGGAAGAAUCACCUGUCUUUGGAUAUUGUCCUGACUCAAAAAAAAAAGAGCAUCAAAAUACGGUGUCCUUGUUAAGUAUUUGGUCAUGGUCUCUGCUUGACCUCCAUGGAAUUUUAAGUACUGUUUCCCCAUCUAAGUAACCUGCAUCUAAAAAAAUUAAAAGGAUCUUCACUUUUAGCAAA